AUGGACAAAAAAUCCGAUGCUUCCGAUUGGUAUUUUACAGGAAAAAUAAUUUUAAAUUUGAAUUUCCAAGAAAUAAAAAGAUCGAGAGUUGGCAGAGGAGGAACUGAUCUGCUUAAAAAGAUCAAUGAAUACGAAGGCGAAAAUUGUUACAUACCUACAGAUGGUCACUGUUUUAUCAAAUGCGUCAAUCGUGUUUUGAACAAAGAUUUAACGUGUAAAUUUCAAGAAUACAUCAACGGGUUUUCAAAAGCAAAUAGAAAAGGAGUGAUGACUUGUGCUAGAAUGAAUGAAUUCAACAAGAAAUUUAACACUUCGUUUCAAAUUUAUAAUCCCAAAAACAGACAUUUUCACCCCAGAGACGUUCACGGUGAAUUAGAUUGGGUUUUGUACUUACACAACUCGCAUUUCUGUUUGAUUAGAAGAAGCCAAAAAAGUUUGGGAAUUGAAGAAAUAGAAGGCAAUUACGAACAGUUGUGGAAAACGUGUAGAGAUGACAACGCAGUAACACAGGUUUCACCCCUCAAACUAAACGUGCUUUCGAGUAUGAGUGAUGAUGCGUUAUUCGCUUGGGAUUGCGAAACGUAUUCAGAAAAAGACACGCGAAGAGCAAUUCCUUUUGCCUGCACUUUAAUUAAUUUAGAAAAACUAAGGAAAAUGUUAAACAGAAUAAAUAAUCUCUUUCCAGAUUUAAAGUCAUCAGAUCCCAUUCCAGAAGAAUUUUAG